UCCCUCAAUUUUCCGCUUUCUAUCGCGGUCCUACCGCGGUUACGCCAGGACCGCGGCCAACUAGCCUCUCAGAAUCCGCAACAGCCUUCUGCCGCGGUCCGACCGCGGUUACGCCGGGACCGCGGUAGUCCUUCUCCAGUUCUGGUUUUGCUGCCUUCGCGUGGUGCACUUAGCGGAUAUUGUAAGAUUGGCCUCUUUUUCUCCGUAAUUGAUCCCAAAGUACUCCAUAGACUGCUUUUAUUGAUCUCGAUUCCUCAUGAAAACAUUAUUCAAAGAGUUAGUGUUCUUUUCAACUUUGUAGAUAAUUCCACAUCGAGACGACAUACUGAUGCAGUUGAAGAUAUAUCAAUUUCAACAUCUACCAAGUUUGACUUGGAUGAAGAUGGUGAUCUUAUUCUAACACGACGCAAAAAAUCACCUAGCCAUCAUCUUGUUUUGACCAUCCAGCACAAUAUCACUUCAUCGAUUCCUAGAGUUGGUUUGCAGGUCUGGAGAGCUGAACUAGUACUUGCUGAUUUUGUGUUGCAUGUGAUGUCUAUGUCAUCUGAUUUUGAUGAAGUUGUUGCGUUGGAGCUUGGGGCUGGUACAGGGUUAGUUGGUAUUUUGCUUGCCCGUGUUGCUAAAACCGUCUUCAUAACAGACCAUGGUGACAAAGUACUCGAGAACUGUGAGAAAAAUGUGAAUCUUAAUGCUGAAAUAUUCCUUGGCAAGGCUUCUGUUCACGUACGUGAACUUGAUUGGAAAGAUUCAUGGCCUCCUCAAGAGGCGAAAACUUCACCAUCCAAAGGAAGGUACAGCUGGACCCAAUCAGAAAUCGAAGAACUCAAGAAAACUUCUUUGCUUCUAGCUGCUGAUGUCAUUUACAGCGAUGACCUGACUGAUGCAUUUUUCAGCAUCUUAGAGAAAUUAAUGUCAGACAACCCGGAGAAGGUGCUAUACUUGGCUCUUGAAAAGCGUUACAACUUCGCUCUUGAUGAUCUUGAUGUUGUUGCAAAUGGAUAUUCACACUUCCGCAGUUACCUGAUCACUGAGGAAGCAGAUGAUGCAGGAAGUAAGCAGCUUGAUAGUGCAUCCGAGCCCUUCUUUGUUGGCGAGCAGAUUGAUUUGAGAUGCAUUCCAUGUUACGUGAGGGAUUAUAAUAGAGGGAAUGUCGUUGAAAUUUGGAAAAUUAAGUUAAAUCAUAGAGCACUCUUCUGAAUUUCGGAAACACACUUAUUGGUAACAUUUAUCUUCAGCGACUUACCUUAAGAUUCGUUUUUGAGAGUAAAAGUCAGUACUAAAUAGGCCUUGUGAUUGCAUUGCUAUGAACUUCAAAUUCAUCUUCAUGCUCUAUAAGCAUCAACUGUUACUUUUGCAAA